AUGAAGAAAAUUCUUGAGUUGAAUGAACUACCAGCAAUUGGGGCAGGAAUUGAUAAAAGAAUUUGGGAAGGUGAUCUAACUGGUAGCUUCUCAAUUGUAAGUGCAGUACAACAAAUAAGAGUGAAGUAUCAGCAAGUCAACUGGGCUAAGUAUGUAUGGAGUCCAUAUAUUCACCCUUACACAUCCAGUAAUGUUUGGAAGAUACUCAGAGGAGCAUGUGCAACUGAAGAGAAUGUCAGGAAAAAAGGUUUUGACACAGUAUCCAAAUGCUACUUAUGUGGUAAUGGACAAGACAAUAUGAUGCAUAUUCUGUGGGAAUGUUCUUUCAGUAAAGAAAUUUGGAACUGGCUAGGAUGUAUGUUUAACCUUUAUGCUCCUACAAAAUUUAAUAAAUUUAUAGCAUGUGUUAAAAAUCAUAGGUCUGCAAUUAGGCAGAUAUGGUAUAUAAGAUCCUUUUCUGUGAUGGUGGAACUGUGGAUAGCAAGAAAUUUGAAGUUAUAUGAGAAUAUUAAUCCCAAUGCUGUAAAGUUCAAAGAUAAGAUCCUAAAUUUCACAAAGGAAUAUGGAGUCAGAGUCAAUGGAGUUAUGAAGAACUGUCAGUAUGAUCUCAACAUCAUAGUAAUAUUUGGUAUAAAGGGGAUUAAAAGAAAAUGUGCCACCGUGAAAGAAGUCUUUUUCAAACUACUUCAGAUCAACCAAACUCUAAUAUGUUGUGAUGGUGCUGCCAAGGGGAACCCAGGAGCUGCAGGAAUUGAAUUUAUAGCAAAACAGAGUGAUGGAAUAUGCUUGGGAGCAGGAAGUGGAGGUCUGGGGAUUAUACCAAAUUACGUUGCAGAGGUUAUGGCACUGAUAACAGCUGGUGAAUGGCUAGUGAGCAAACAAUUAUCAGAUGUAUGCUACAGUUUGGAUUCUAAGCUGUUAUACUGGCAUUUACAAGUGGUAAAAUUCUUUGGAUAG